UCCCGUCUCUCGCGCGCCUUGGGCGCCUCAGCCUCCCUCGCGUUGCUUACGUCGCCCCGCGCCGUCGUCCGUCCUCCGUAGGCCCCUCCCCCUCCGUGCGUUUCGUGUGCGCGCACGUGGGGGCCGGCGUCGCGUGCGGAGGGGAAGGGGGCGUGGCGUGCCGCGGCACCUUCUGGCUGUCUCGGCCAGAGGCGGCGGUGACGGCGCGCUGCGGCCUCGCGGCUUCCCUGUAUAGCUCCCUUCCCCCUCCCGCGCCACAGUGGUAGCCAAUAGGAGACGCCGUCGCCGCAGGCACAGCGUGAUUCACCGAGAGAAGGGGAGGAUGUGAGAGCGAAGGGAAGAUUCCAGUCCUCCACCGCUAUUGGCUGCUGUUGCUCUCUCCUGAUCCUAUUGAAGCCCAGGAGCAUUUCGUCCUUGCCCGAGUUCUGCCAGCUUGCGCAUGCACUUGCUUCUGGCGUUCUUCGGCAGUCUUGGGAAGGGAGGAAUCCCCGGCUGAGCUCGCCGGAUGCUUCCCAUCGGGUUGCCAUUGUCCUGGGAGCUCCAGGAAUCGGCACCAGUUUCCAGAAGAGCAUUUUAAAGCAAUCCUUGAGAUCUUGGUGGCUUGAUAGUGUGAAAAAUGGGGGUGGGACACGUCUCCAGGGGCUUUUCCAAAGGGAGCUUGCACGCAGCUUCGCAACACUUAGGCGUUAGAGGAUGGAACUAUUUAUUAUUCUUUUAUUAUUAUUUAUUCAAUUUCUAUUUACAGCUAUGUCAGACUGGCGGCAGAAGGUGCCAUUCCUACAGCCAAUGGCAUUAUUCAGCUUUGCUCCUGACUAUUCGCAGUUACUGCAUGUAUUACAGGGGUCCUAAAAAAGUAGCACUUGGGUGCCCUGCUUAAAACACCUUAACUUUAGGCUCUUCCUGCUGCUUGUCUGGGAAAGCUCCAAGAGUAGCUGGGUGCGAUUUUCUAACCAAGUCCAGUAGGGGGCUAGGCUUUCUUUGCUGCUGAGAUGCAGUUAGAAUUUCGACCCUGUGCUCCAAGCUGUAGGAGUUUUCUUUGAAAACUUUUUAUUUGCAAAAUAGGGGUGAAAAAUCAGUCCACAAUACUCCGCUUAAGUAUUUAAAGGGAGUACUUUAAAUUGGGUCUCAGUUGCUUUGAAUUUAAAUACUGCAGCUCUGUGGAUGGAAAAAGCCAUUACUAGUGGGUCACUUAGAAGCCAAGAGUAUUGUUCAAAUAACUUUGAACUUAAGCCCAUAUAAAGUAGUUAUACAGAAAUCAACUUUCUCACAUUGCUGCCCCAAUCCUGAAUUUCCUAUGCCCUGCAAGCCUACUUGCAUGGUCUCUUGAAGUCAAAGCUUCAGUAUUUUGAAUCCCAACAGGCAGAACAGGGAAAAUGCCAGGUGUCAAAGACGAUGACACCUUGGCAUUUGAAUACAUGCCCCCACCCAAGGGGUUUAGGCACUUCAGAUAAAAUCUUGGUUCCACAAACCGUUCCACAGCAAUGCCUUACAUGUUUUAGUACAAAUUUUAGCACUUUUAUCACUCUUGGGCUCCAUUGUUCAUUUUUUCAAAACCCAGUUCCUUUAUGUUUAUUACUAAAACACAUUAAGCCCAUCACUUAAACUCUUAGUACUAUGCAGAUCCUAUUAAAGUUACUGGCAAGUUCCCAACUGAUUUUAAUUUCUGAGGCUCAUACACUGUUUAGUGUCAGUUUGUUGUGCUGUACAACCACAUCUUUAACAUAAUCUCUAUCCAAGUUUUUAUGGAAAUUUAUUUUCAUCGAGAUUUUGUUUUACAGAAUUGUUCUUAAUCAUACAUUGUUAUUAUUCAAAUAUUAACUAAAUAUAAGUAGUGUAGCAUUUCCUGUUAAAAACAGCAUCAGUAUCAGCAUAAUUAAAUAAAUUUAUAUCCAUCAUUAAGUUUUGAGACUAUCCCACUGUCGUAUCUCAUCUCAUUCUAAUAUAAUUCGUUAACUUUGCAUAACCACUUAUUCUUGACUCUUAUUUUCCAGUUCAAGAGUACUAGGAAUGGAAGGUGCUUUCCACAUCUUAGCAUAACAUGUAUGCUAUAGUUAUCAAGUACAAUCAGUUUUUGAUGUUGUGUAGGCUAAACUUUCAUUUAGUAAAACUAGCAGGGAAUCUAACUCUUAUUUGAUAUUAAUCUUCUUUUGUUUUAUUUCUUAUUUUUCUCCAAUAUUUUGCAUAGCUAGAAGACUAGAAGAUCUGUAGAAGUAAUUUCCUACCUAUUUUUGACGUUUCUAACACUUUGAACCCAUUGAAAUAGUAUAUCAUGUAAUUUCUUUCCAUCUGAUCAUUGUCUUAAACCAAUUUUAUUGCAAAUUAGCACAGAUACACAGGAAGCUGCCAUAUAUUGAGUCAGACCAUUGAUGAUCUAUCUAGCUCAGUAUCGUCUUCACAGACUGGCAGUGGCUUCUCCAAGGUUGCAGGCAGGAAUCUCUCAGCCCUAUCUUGGAGAAGCCAGGGAGGGAACUUGGAACCAGAGCGGCUCCAUCCCCUGAGGGGAAUAUCUUACAGUGCUCACACUUCUAGUCUCCCAUUCAUAUGCAGCCAGGGUGGACCCUGCUUAGCUAAGGUGACAAGUCAUGCUUGCUACCACAAGACCAGCUCUCCUCCUCCUACAAUUUAGAGGACAAUUUAUUAUUGUUGAUGUUAGUUGUUGUUAUCGUUGUUAUUCUUUAUUAUUUUGCAGAUCUUAAAAAAUGGAUUUGGCCAAUCACGGACUUAUUCUUCUUCAGCAACUUAAUGCUCAGAGAGAGUUUGGUUUCCUGUGUGACUGCACAGUUGCUAUUGGCGAUGUUUACUUCAAGGCACACAAAUCUGUCCUUGCCUCCUUUUCUAACUACUUCAAGAUGUUGUUUGUUCAUCAGAGCAGCGAAUGUGUCCGUUUAAAGGCAACUGACAUACAGCCAGAUAUUUUCAGCUAUCUCUUGCAUUUGAUGUAUACUGGGAAGAUGGCACCGCAGCUCAUAGAUCCUGUUCGAUUAGAACAGGGAAUAAAAUUUCUGCACGCAUAUCCACUGAUUCAAGAGGCUAGCCUUGCCAGCCAAGGAAACUUUGCACAUGCAGAACAAGUUUUUCCAUUGGCAUCUUCGUUAUAUGGAAUUCAGAUAGCUGAUCACCAGGCAAGAAAUCCCCCAAAGGCAGCUCCAGCAGCUGACAAGCCUGCGCGAGAACCAAGGCCACAGCCAUCCCGAGUCAACCAAGACAACCAGGUUCAUGAAGCCUCCCAACUGUCACAGUUACCACAGCCACCUCUGCCUCAAGUGCCCCAGGCAAAUAUGGCCCCUUCUGACCCACUGCAAUCUUCACUGUCUCCAGAACUGGUUUCAGCUGCUCCUCAUCCUUCUUCUCCAGGAGAUGAAACCAAUAUGGAAGCCUCUUCCUCAGAUGAUCAGCCUGCGUCCCUUACAAUAGCACAUGUCAAACCAAGCAUUAUGAAAAGGAAUGGAAGCUUCCCCAAAUACUAUGCUUGUCACCUUUGUGGUCGACGAUUCAAUCUGCGAAGUAGUUUGCGCGAACACCUCCAGAUUCACACAGGAGUGCCAUUCACCUCAAGCCAGCAUGGAGAAAGUAGUAUUUCCUUGUCUCUCUGUAAUAAUGCUCCUGAAAAAGAUGCUAUGGAAGUGCCUGAAGCUGGAAUGAUUAGUGAUAGUGAGAUGCAGCAAAUCUCAGAUUCACCAAUUAUUGAUGGGCAGCAGCAGGCAGAGACACCACCACCCUCUGACAUUGCUGACAUAGACAAUUUGGAGCAGGCAGAUCAAGAAAGGGAAGUUAAACGGCGAAAGUAUGAAUGUUCCAUCUGUGGACGCAAAUUCAUUCAGAAAAGCCACUGGAGAGAGCACAUGUACAUACAUACUGGCAAACCUUUCAAGUGCAGCACCUGUGACAAAAGUUUCUGCCGGGCCAAUCAAGCUGCUAGACAUGUAUGUCUAAACCAAAGCAUGGACACAUAUACUAUGGUAGACAAGCAGACUCUGGAACUUUGUACUUUUGAGGAAGGUAACCAAAUGGACAACAUGUUGGUGCAAACUAACAAACCAUAUAAAUGUAAUUUGUGUGACAAAACGUUCUCCACGCCCAAUGAAGUUGUCAAACAUUCGUGCCAAAGCCAGAACUCUGUCUUUACUCUAGAAGAAGAUCGGUCCAUUCUGCUAGGUGGUGGGGAUGCUGAAACCACAGAGAGCGAUCACUCUGUUUUAGACUCUAUCAAAAAAGAACAGGAAGCAGUGUUGUUAGACUGACUGUGAAACUCAUAUCUUUUUUAAAAAAACAAACGUUUUACUCAUUUUUACUAAACCUCUCCUUCCUUUCCCUCCCUUCCUCUCCCCUCCCCCAAUCAGAACUACGUUGACAUGGAAGGAAGUCUGACUCUGUCCUUUUCCUGCAAAAAUAUAAAAUUAAUAAAGGGUAUUGUAUCAAAUCAUAACAAUUGAUUUUAAUACAGAAGAAAAUGUGUAAGGGUAACUUGGCUAACUAUGUGAUUAGUGCUAGGAAAUGCAUCUAUAACAGAUUCUCUGCAAGUUUGAGGCUGUUUAUAUACUUGAAUGCAGUGAGAUGCAAGAUGAGAGAAGGAACAAAACAAAAUAUAUUUAUAUUUAAGUACAAUUAUUUUCCUUCAUAACGUUGCCUUUAAGAGGAAGACUUUAUACAGCUCUAAGCUGUAUAUAGUUGUCAUUUUACAAAAGCUCAGAAAUUCCCUUAAUGAACCAAGGAAACUUUUAGUCUGGAGUUUUAAUGUUUUUUUAAUUUUGCUUUUGGUCAAGUGUUUGUUUCCGGCAAACUUCACUGAUGUUAUUAUCCAUUCAAAAAAUGUACUACUAAGGCUGUGACCCAACACACUGAUUUGGUAAUAAAUUUCUUUGAUAGAAGUGGGGCUUAUACUUCCAAGUAAAUGUGUUUAGGAUCAGAUUUUAAAAUAGCAGUAAUAAUGUGAUGGCAAUCGUUUUAUAUGCAUUAAAUUGUGUGUAUGUGUGAGUGUAUGUACUCCAGCUAUAUGCAGGUAAAUUUAUGCAUGCACCUUUCUCAAAACAAACCAGCCAGCUCUUUUGAAGAAUAAUUAAGCAGCAUUUAAUGUCUUAACAAAUUGGUCCUUUUUACAAGUUAUUUAAAUUGGUCCAGGGUGUAUGCGUUUUUUUAAUCCUGCCAAAUGGAAACAAAUGGAUGAUAAUGAGUGCUGGUCAUCCAAAACAUGGAGGGGACCAGAGAUUAAAGAAUUGUACAUAGUGAGUCCUAUGCUAAGCAUGCAGGAAUAAUAGAUUUAAGCCUUUCCCCACUCACAGAAAGAGGAAAAGUAUUUUGGCUUAUUCAUCAAAUUAGUAAUCUUGAGUUUACCUGAUAAACCUGUAGGAGUUAAGGGAAAGGGAAUCUGGUCUUUUGUUAAUUAUUGGCAUCCUCUUGCAACACAACAAAAUGCAAGAAGAAUAAUGAAAAUACAUCAUGGUUGGUUUUCAGCAGCAGGAGUAGAAAGCUGUAUGUUCUUCAUGUUCUGUUACUUUAGGCUCCAGUUGGGAAAGUAUGCAAAAAUUAAAAAGAACGUAUUGUACAUUCAGUUUCUGCUCAGGAUUGUACUGUCUGCCAAACUUAAAAUCAAGUUGCUGAUUUUUAACUCUUUUUAAAAUAUAUAUAUAUAGAUAUCUGAAUAUUCUCCAAUAGUAUAUAUUAAAAAAAACCUACAUUGACAGGAGUGAGUCCUUUAAAUAGUAAUUUGUACUGGUGGGAAUGUUUCCGUAAGCAGAAGCAUCCCUCCAGAAAUUGAGGCAGUGUAUGUUUUGAUAAGGGAGAGAGAGGCAGAUCCAACUCUGCUCUUGUAUUUUAUUUGCGUAUCAAUGUUUUUUUUGAGUAUCAUCCUAUUUUGUGUCUAGUUACGUUCUCCAGUUUGUAAGUUUUUAUACAUUAUUUCACAUAAUAAACAUGGUAUAAAAUGAAA